UUUAAUGAUGGAUUACAUGCUAAUGUGCUAACUGAUUUCUGGGUUUUGGCGUUUGACUCUAGAUCACAGUACUGAUACUGACACAUUGAUUCUGUGUCAACAUCACAUUCUGGAGAUCAGAGUCGACUUCUACAACACGGUUCAUUUGAGUUUGAGGAUUACUGACCUCAGUGAGUGAAGAACGAGACAAGUAACUUGUAGAAGUUUAAGUCUUUUUGGAUGUCUUUUGCCUGGAUGUUUUGUCCUCUGGGCCUCCUGUGGACUGACAGGACGGGAUCAUCAGGUGAAGCCCGCUGUACAGUCAGAAAUCCCCCCGAGGCCCUGGAGCCUCCCCUGAUGGACAGACAGAUACUGAGAGCUCCUCUGAAAACCCACCCGACCUGCUGGACCUCACCUCUUUGGCUCAGACCGGUUUGAUCUGCGGGCCCCAGGCCACGCUGCGACUCCCCCGGCAUGUUUGGUAUUGGACCUGACUGACCAGCCCCCUCUCUCUCCCCCGGCCUCUUUCUGAGGCAUAAAAGGAGGCGACGUCCCAGCAGCUCUUCACUCUCCGCUCAGAGCCGACGACCAGCCGACCCUCAGCCAUGACUUCCUUCUCCACCAGCAGCAGCUACACCUCCUCCCCCAUGAGGAGCUCCAUCAUGAUGGGCCCCUCCACGUCCUCCUCCCGCCGGGUCAGCAGCUUUGGAGCCGGCAGCGUGUACGGAGGAGCCGGAGGGUCCGGAGUCCGAGUCUCCAAGGCCUCCUUCACCUCCUCCGCCGCCGGAGCCGGAGGUGGCUUCAACCUGUCUGACGCCAUCGACGUCUCUGCCAGCGAGAAGGCCACCAUGCAGAACCUGAACGACCGCCUGGCCUCCUACCUGGACAAGGUGCGCAGCCUGGAGAAGGCCAACGGAGACCUGGAGCUGAAGAUCAGACAGUUCCUGGAAGCCAAGACUGCACCUGCGGCUCACGACUUCUGUGGCUUCAGCGUCCAGAUCAACAACAUGCAGGACCAGAUCAGAGUAGCUACUCGUGGAAACGCCGCCAUCAUCCUCUCCAUUGACAACGCCAAGCUGGCCAGCGACGACUUCAGAGUCAAGUUCGAGAACGAGCUGACCAUGCGUCAGUCGGUGGAGGCCGACAUCGCCGGGCUGAGGAAGGUUCUGGACGAGCUGACUCUGGCAAGAUCCGACCUGGAGAUGCAGGUGGAGAGUCUGAAGGAGGAGCUGUUCCACCUCAAGAAGAACCACGAGGAGGACCUGCUGGCUCUCAGGGCCCAGAUGGGAGGCCAGGUGAACGUGGAGGUGGACGCCGCUCCUCAGCAGGACCUGUCCGCCGUCAUGGCCGGAAUCAGAGAACACUACGAGACCGUCAGCAACAAGAACCGCAAUGAACUGGAGUCCUGGUUCCAGGCCAAGACGGCCGAGCUGAACAAAGAGGUGGCGGUGAGAACUGAGACCCUGGAGACGUCCAGGUCCUCCAUCUCAGAGAUCAGACGCACCUACCAGAGCCUGGAGAUCCAGCUGCAGGCUGCAGUCAGCGAGAGAGGAGCUCUGGAGGGAACUCUGGCUGAGACCAAGAGCCGCUACAGCGCCAUGCUGGCAGGUUACCAGAGGCAGGUGGUGUCUCUGGAGGAGCAGCUGGCCCAGCUGAGGGCCAACCUGGAGAACCAGAGGGGCCUGUACUCAGAACUGCUGGACAUCAAGACCAGGCUGGAGCUGGAGAUCGCCGAGUACAGGAGGCUGCUGGACGGAAACCUUGACACCAGCAGCACCACCACCACCACCACCACCACCAGGCGGGUGGUGACCAUCGUGCAGGAAGUGGACGAGAACGGAAAAGUGAUCAGCACCUAGACCGACAGGAAACCAGAGACCCCUCCGACCAAUCAGAGGCUGUAGAGCGUAAACUGAGUCUGUGGGACCUUCUUCAAUAAAAAUGAAGUCUGACAUUA